UGUCCCUUGUAAAAUCGAUUUUUCCUGCCUACACGGUACGCCUUCGCUGCCAGUGCGACGCCGACUCAUUUUCGAAUCCCCAACGAAGAGCGUCGACCAAACAUUACGUUUAAAAUAUCGAGGGGCUGUGUCUGCUUCACAUAGGCUUCAAAAAAAAAAUUAUUUUACUGGAAAUAUUGGUGGUUUAUGUAGUUUUAUAAAAUAUGUUGUGAGUGACUUAAGUGUUAACACCUGGCCAUGCUGUGGCCCAGCAAGGCGCUGAAGGUUGCAUCAGUGUUUCUUGUCCUCGUCGUUAACUUACCAGAUUCGUAUUCUGAGGGAAACGUUGGUUGUUUGUUCAGUGAACGUCUUUGCUUGGAAGAAGAAUGGUGCUAUGAUGAUUUAGCUUUUGGUCGCUGCUUGGGGUCUGUUGGGGACAUUGAUGAAGAUGAUUUGUUUAGAUAUAACUUAGAACGAGAAAGUCUUCACGAAUUAAGUGCUGAAUUGAGAAGACUGUUUGCGCUCGGUUACAGAUGGAGCCACGGUUAUACACAAUGUCGCUUGCAGGCAAUGCUGUAUUCCUUCAAACACGACAUGACCUUUGAACCUGAUUCGUGCUUACAUUUAUCCGAUAACGAUUUGGAAGGCGCUCUUAAAGCUCUAGAAGGUCAAGUCGAGCUAGAUCCUCAAGAAGUAGCCAUUAUCAAAUAUACUCCGAGCGCUGAAGAUCCUCAUGGACCUUACGCAGACGAGAUUUACUAUCCUACACUUUCCAAAGAAGAACUACGUCAAAAAAUUUUAGCACCCAAUGCAAUAGAUUUGGAUUUACCAGAUCCAUAUGCAGAUUAUUUGCCUGUAAAGAGAACAUGGAUACCACAAAUGAAACGCACAUCCGCACAACCCCAACUUCAUCCAAGAAUGGUUAUACCCGACAAUCGACAGCAAAGAAGGAACGUUAUUCAGUAUUUACAAGAAUACGACAACAAUCUACCGAUGAAACAAACAACAAAAUUUCCCCAAACACCUUUAUCAGUAGAGGACAUGCGCGAUAUGUACCCAAUAAUAAAAUUCUUGAAUGAUUUACAUUUGACACCUAAACAAAUAUCACAGCUGCUCAAACCCAAGAAUUACGAUAAACUGGAAGCUUUGAUAGAGCGUUUCAACAAUAAACAAACUAUCGAAGUACAAGAUCUCCUUAGAAAAGAACUAGAAGCCGAGAAAGCAAUGGACGACGAUGAAAUACCUUCUGGAAAUUUUAAUCUUCGUGAAAACUUCCGAACAGGAUGGAAUGAUUUCCCGGAACCUAGAAUUUACUACGAUGAAAACGAAGAAGAUCACGAAACUUCUGAAUAUGGAAGUGGAUACCCGGAACAUUCGGAAAUAUUCAGAGAAAGACAAAUGGAAAAUAGUGAUAGUUACGAUGGGAUUAGUGAUACUGAAAGGAGUCCUAAAGUUUAUUCAGAAGGAGGAGUUGUAUGGUCAGAGCCUGUUGAUCUGAAAGAUGAUAAUCCCCAGGACAGAAUUUUCGAAAACGAUUUGAAUAAACUACUACAGAAAUAUAAUUUGGCCUUUAAGAGACCAGAAAGACUAGAUGUUAAAAAACCAGGACCUCCAUUUGAUAAUCUUAUAGCUGAAACCACAGAUUAUAAACCUGAGUAUCCAUCACAUACUGAGCCCGCUGCUGUAAUUCUCCCUUCCAUGAUGAAAAAGGAACCUCGAAAUAUCCAUCCACAUUCUGAUAAAGAAAAAUCGAAUCGAUACAAUUUGGACUACGUGUACGUUACUUUUAAGAACCGUUUAUCAUCUUGGAGGCAGGGGGAGAAUAUUAUUAGAAAUAUUUCGAAUAUAAUGAAACUGGAUUCUAGAGUAUUUGCAGAUGGAAGAACUCUUGCUUACUCCGUAUCUUUCAAAGUACUUCCUAACAGCCGAGGCUUGAACAUUAAUCAAGUGGUAAGGCAGAUAGAAGCUAUCAAAGACAAAGUCAACGAAAUGGCAGGUGUGGAAAUUAUAUCAAUCGGUAUUGGAAAUAAGGACAACGAAGUAGAAACUAUUGUCUCAUUAGCGUACGACCAAAGUCAAUUUUACAUAAUCAUAUUUUUGGUAUGUGGCAUUUUGGGCGCACUGAUAAUUGCGUCCGCCUUAUUGAUUUUCAUUCGAAGACACGUUAAAUUGAGAGAAAAGCUACAGGGAUUAUCCAAACCUGAUACGGAAGCUAGUAAAGAUUAUCAAGAUCUAUGUAGAGCCAGAAUGGCGACAAAAGGACAAACUGCAACUGAUACUGUUCACGGAAGAAUUACGUCUUUAUCUAAAGAAUCCGAACAGAGUCCUUCCAGUAGAUCUAGUACCUCUUCUUGGAGCGAAGAACCAGCUUUACAUAACAUGGAUAUAUCGACAGGUCAUAUGGUUUUAAGUUAUAUGGAAGAUCAUCUUAAGAACAAAGAUCGUUUAGAACAAGAAUGGGUAGCUCUGUGUGCUUACAUCGCCGAACCUUGCGAAAUGACGGUAGCAACGAAAAAAGAUAACAAGGAGAAAAAUCGCUACCAGGAAGUCGUCCCUUACGAUCAUGCUCGAGUCGUUUUAAACGAAUUAACUAACGCUAACGCUUCCGAUUAUAUUAACGCAUCUAGUAUAACUGACCACGAUCCUAGGAACCCCGCUUACAUCGCUACUCAAGGACCUCUACCGCUUACAGCCCCGGAUUUCUGGCAGCUGAUAUGGGAACAAGGCGCCGUGGUAAUCGUCAUGCUAACUAGAUUGACUGAAGGUGGUAAUGCUAUGUGUCAUCGUUAUUGGCCUGAAGAAGGUUCCGAAUUGUAUCACAUCUACGAGGUGCAUCUGGUUAGCGAACAUAUAUGGUGUGAUGAUUAUUUGGUUCGAUCUUUCUACUUGAAAAAUAUUCGUACGGGAGAAACGAGAACAGUGACCCAGUUUCACUUUUUAUCUUGGCCCGAAUCCGGAAUACCUGCAUCGACUAAAGCACUACUAGAGUUCAGGAGAAAAGUCAACAAAUCUUACCGGGGUCGUUCUUGUCCAAUCGUGGUUCACUGCAGCGAUGGAGCCGGUAGAACAGGCACCUAUUGUCUGAUCGAUAUGGUCCUAAGUAGAAUGGCGAAAGGCGCAAAAGAAAUCGACAUCGCUGCGACUCUUGAACACCUCCGUGACCAACGACCGAAAAUGGUAGCUACUAAACAACAAUUCGAAUUUGUACUUACAGCGGUUGCCGAAGAAGUGCACGCCAUUUUGAAAGCGUUACCGCCACAACCCAAUCCGGCCUCGAUACCAGAAAAAGAAAAAUAAACUAGGGCAGCAAUACAAUCUUUAGUUUUUCGGUUCCCGGAAUUUUGAAUGUCCGCUGAUAUAUUUUAUGACGAUUUAAUAAUUAUUUACGCCUAUAAA